AUGAUGCUAUUCUGGUCACAACUUUAUGUUCGUCAAGAAGAAAAGGUGUUAUUCUGGUCACAAAAUUUAUGUGUUAAUCGAAUUCGAGCUUCCGAGCCUACCAUCGAGCCCACCUCCGAACCUACCUCCGAAAUGGACACGAUGGACACGGUCGUCGAUGCCUUGAAGGCUAUCCUCAAGGACGCCACUGCGCGCCUCCUUGGCACCAUUUUCGAAGAAUUCGAAAAAGCCGCCAUAGCCCUUAUCACCAGAGCCUUCGAUUCUUGA